CCUUACCUUAUACCUUUACAUGCAUUCUUGUUAAACUGAACAGUCUAUUUAUCCCUCCACAGAUUCACUGAUUACAGCAUGGUUCUCAAGAUGGCUGAAGCGGCGGUCAACGCCAUUUUACCAUCCAAAUACUUCGUGCCCACCGCCGUAGCCAUUCUCGUCGUAGUCGUGGUACAUGCAUUUGCACAAGGCCGGACUACCUCUCGCGAACGUGAUCUUCAUGCUCGUACCAUUUUAAUUACAGGUGGUUUCACACCAUCGGGUUUGAUUCUUAUCCAGUCUCUAGCUGAAAGAGGGGCACAUAUAAUUGCCCUUUCACAGAAACCCAUCGAAUCCCCGGAGGUGGAUAUUCUGGUAACAUUGCUGCGGUCUUCGACGAAAAACGAUCAGAUUUUCGCAGAAGAAUGUGACCUCACCUCUCCCAACUCCGUGCGAUCAUUUUGCAUGCGUUUCUUGACUGGAAAGGAACAAAGAUUGGACGCUCUUGUUUUUGCUCAUGAAUAUCAGCAUAUAGGCUCUAUAUUCUCCAGUGACUCUGUCUCUUCUGCAUCCGAACAGAGACACGAGGCAUCGCUGGCCACCUUCCUGAUCAUCACACUCCUCCUCCCAGCUUUACUCGUUGCUCCAAUCGAACGAGACAUCCGCAUUGUAAACGUUGUCAAUCCCUUCUAUGCAGCAGCAGCUCCAUCUUACUCCCCUGUAAAACCUGUGGCCAAAUCGUCGUCUUUGUUUCUUCACGAGGGAAGAAGGUCUUUACAGAUGGCCAUCUUCACACGUCAUUUACAACGAAUUCUAGAUGCUCUACCAUCAGGAGCCCAAGUACCGAAAACCGAGGAAAACACGAGCACCGUCCAUGUAGUAAGUGAAAGGGUGCAAAAGUCCAAUAUUGUCGCCGUCUCUGUCUGCCCUGGUAUAAGCAGAUCGGAUACUAUUGCGCCUCUCUUGAGUGCUGACAGUAAUUCUGUUCGGUCUACGACUGGUAUAUUCUUCUAUAUCCUGUUGCAACCUUUCCUUCGACUUCUGACGAAAGCUCCUGCAUCGGCAAUACAGUCGAUUUUGCAUGUGCUUUUCCUUCCAACGCCUUUCAAAAGCGCACCUCUCAAGUCUGGGCCUAGCGAUCCAGUGCUGGGCGAUGCCCUCCCUGAAGAAGUUCUGAAGGCCGGGGCACUAUACAGAGAGUGUGCUGUUGUUAAUCUCAAAGUUCCUCCACUUGAGCGUCCACCUUCGUCGUUGGAUUCCGGCAAGAAAGGGGAAGAGAAAGAUAUUCCUAUACCAGACGAUGGCGAAUGGGGCGGCGUCGACCUUGGUCAAUCAGUAUGGGAGCAUUUUGAAACGGCAUUGAAAGAGUGGGAGAAGGCACACCCAGCGCCUGAUGAGAAGCCAUCUCAGGAGAGCUCAUCCCCACCAGAAUCCGUUGUCGGCUAGUUUACAUCUGAGUAAAAUCUACAUGUUACUUUACAAAGAUCAUACCGGACAUUUGGAAUGCCUGAACUGUUAUCCAGCUACAGUUCUUUGGACGUAUAUAUAAUAGAUAUCGAAUAGUUGUAAAUGCAGGUGAGAUAACUCCCGGAUACCAUCGUCCCAUCAUCAACGCUCUUCGUCUCAGGUAAAUAAAUAAAAAGUAUCAAGUGUCCAUAUCCUCUUUCUCCAUGCUCUCCACAACUGUUUCUAGUGCCACCUUUGGCUUGCGAAGCACCGUUAUUUGGAACUCUGCUUUACCCUCUUUGGACACCCUCUCCAUUCUACGCAGCCCUAGAUCGGUCGUGCAGAGGACAUGAUCAGUCCCUUGACUGUUCUCGUUUAGAACCUUGUCUUCCCCAAAGGCAUCGACCAUGGAGGCAGGGUUGUAGGUUUGUCCAGAGGGAAAGUGGAUGAUCUGUAGAUCAGCUGAUGUGACAUCCUCUCCUAUCGCCUUGUUCAAGCGAAGUGCCAUUUUGACAACAGUCAGCAACCUUUCUCCGAACUUUGAGGCGAACGUCCGAUAUGUCGCCUCAUAAGUUCCAGCGCAUCCAGCAGCGACCAAGACUUCGACGAGUGCGUCACUAAGGUGCGUAACCAAGGCUGCAGACACAUCAUCAUUCUCUCUAUGACCUAUGCGUUGUGCAUGGGCUCGUGUGAGCGCACGCCAUCUUCCUGCGACGGCUUGAUUCUCUAUGUCAAAAGAAAACGUAGAUCUCCGCCAGUGGCUGUUCUGCCUGCAAGACGUCAAAAUCCCAUGAUCCCACCAUCCACACAGAGUAAGCCGCCAUCGAAGCUUGUAGGGCUAUUUGAAUUAGCAUAGGGUCGUCGCUGUGUCGUAUGGUAUUCAACAGAUGGGCCAUCAUAGACCCCAGCAGGUCGUUAACCCUCGCGCUAGCUUCCGUCACGAUACCCUUAUCUGUUUGCUCUCGAUCGAAAUCAAAGGAAUCAGUAAUGAAGGCUGCCGUCUGCAUUAUCUCCGAGUUCAACCCUUCUACCAUUGCAAUCACCUCUGCACCCGACAAAAUGUCCGCCUUGGUUAGGAAAGCUUGUGCACCUUUGAGCUCACGAGUGCGUGUUUCCAGUAGUGCGUGCGUCUCGUCGCGUUGGGCUAUCAGGUGCACGAGUUCGUUCUUCAUCGCUUUGAUUUCUCUGUCCUGCGUCUCUGAUCGUUGCUUAAGGGAACCAUAUUCCGUCAAAGUCCGUUUCAUCGACUCCUGUAGAUCUCCUUUUUCCUUUGCCUCUCGCCACAGCUUCUCUUGUAGUUUCGUUUUGUCGUCACGCUCCCGCUGCAGCAGUUCCUUCAGCUGAUUAUUCUGAUCGUUAAGUCUCCGAAUAUCCUGCUCCGCCUUUGCGCGCUUUUCUUCCAAAUUUGUCAACUCGUCCCCAGCCUUCUGUAAUUGGUCCUCGAGUUCACUCCGCUUUCUCGCUUCAUCCUCUCUCUCUGCGAUUUCUUUUGACCUUGUGCUGUUUCGUGUGAUACUUGGCAUCCAUUGCAGCGGUAUGUAGCGUCUGACUGCUCGCUGCAUACCGAUGAUUAUAGGAAUUGGGAAGGCGAAGUACUUCCAGCUAGUUAACCCAACUGUCGC